UCUCCACCUAUCUAGCUACACUCUCCACCUCCACACAAACCAUGUGCAGUUGAGUUCACUGUACUACAUCAUGCUGCAGUACUAAACCUUGGAGCAAAAAAGACAGCUAGCUUUCUGUGACUAAGGUACUAUCCGCUUGCUGCAGUAGAGAUGUCGAACAAAGCAAAGGGAAGCUCUCUACAAGCCAGAGAAAGACCCAAGCUGAAACAGGGGGGUGGGGCUAGUAGGUCUGCAGAAGCUGUGAAAGGAAUACAACCUGCAACCAUAAAGAAAGUGCCAGUACUGCACACACACUCUCAUCAUAGUUUCCCGGAUGACCCUACUGGUCUGUCCAAGAGUGCGACUGUCACCAGACUGGAAAAGGAGCUAAUAGAACUGAAACGAGAAAACUCUGCUCUAAAGAAGGAGCUCACUGACAUUAAGGCUUUGCAUGAGCAGCUGAUUCACGAGUCUCCUCAAGAAAACUUCUCUGAGAAGAGAGUCAAUUUGCUGAAGUCACAACUCUUUCAGUUGGAGAGACAAGUGCUGUUGAUGUCUCAAGCUCUGGGUAGUCGAGGAGAGCUUCUAGUGGACUUGUUCAAUACAAUGGAGUGGCUGGAAGAGAGGGAAAAAUUAUCCAGCACAGGUGGAGAUGUGCUUCAAAGAGUCUCCACUUUAAAACUGAGGCUAUCCAAGUACAUGAAGUCUGGUACGCUGGAGAAUCUUGCAGAGCCAGUACGAUUCCUGGAUGGCUUCAUCAGGCCCAAGAAGAGCAGUGCUGUGCAGGGGACCACUUUGACAUUGGUGGAUAUUUGCAGAGGUGGCGCUGUGGACUGUAUGAACACAAAACGUUUGAGUCAUUUGGAGUGUAAGCUAGCAGAGCUCUAUGGGCAGUUGAUUCAGUUGAAGGGAUCUCUUGAAACUGGUCCUCCUAAUCUUAGUCGGACUAAACGUCUGCUCCAACCAAUCAAAGAUCAUUGCUGUGAUCAUGUGACUAAAAGCUGCAAGCUGAUUGGUGAAUGCUGUCACGAUCUGCUAUGUCUAUCACUUCUUCUACCGACAGCUCCUUGGCCACCUGUGGGGAAUAAAGACAUAUCUCCGACUGUUACUGUCAAUGACAUUAUGAAGAAUAUGUCUGCUUCUCUGCGAAGUAAAAAAGAGGUAAAGGAUGCGAUGGAAGCUGCAUAUCGUGUCUUCAACUAUAGUAUUGAUAUGCAAGAGGAAAAGCUGAAAUCUCUGAACAGAGAGCUUCAGUUCCAUAGAGAUGUGUACACCAUUCAAGCUGAUUACGUUGAUGCUCUAUUCAAAGGAGUAAGGUCAGGUUAUGAGGAAUUUGAGAGAUCUCUUCAGGAAAUAAUCUGCUCACCAGUUGAAGCCUUUCUAAGCAAGUACGAUGCCUUGUCUCAGACAGCCAGCGAAGAAGCACUCAAGGACUUCUUGUCAUCCAUCAAGCAACACUACCCGGAGCUGAAGGAUGCCAUGAGGAGGAUUAAAAAGACUGAAACACCAUCUACAGGAGUGGAGACUCUCUCGCUCUUUGGACAGCAAUUUUAUGAGCAGCUGCACAAACUGGAGGAGAGACAAUCUAGGCAUUAGUUAUGUUAUAUGCAGCUCGAUGUUUGUUCGGUUUCGUAGCUCUGCUUGCUGGAACUAAUUGGGCAUGGUAUCCGUUCAUCAUCUUCAACAGUACUCAAGGUUUUAUGAUCUUCAAUUGAACCUAUUGCGGUAGUAUAAUUUCGUAGUUUUAAUUUUUGUACAAUGCUCUAUAAUACAAAAAAUAUCCCGCUAUACGAUAUACUAUUAUUACUUGAGUACAAUGACUGUACAGUACAGUACACAGGAUUAACUUUCAUCACAUGGUUUUGCAAAAAAAUGCCAGCUUUAUUUUAUUUUAUUAUAAAUCAUUACAAGUGAAAACCAUUUGCUACAAAACAAAGUAAUCUAUGUUGUGUGAAUACAUGAAUUACAGAACUAAUUCAAAUUUCUAUAACUAAUUCCUAAUAUCUACUCCAGUCUUUCAAAAACAGUUCACAUGUCCCCCAGC